AUGAGGAGGGGACGGAGGCACAACCAACCUCCACGUGAGCCUGAGUCUGCAUCGACCGCUAAGGGUGCACACGAUGAUGACGACGAUGGAGGACAUCACAACGGCGACGACGGAGGACAGCGCGAUGAUGAUGAUGUCAGUGCCGGUCAGCUCAAUGGCGAUACAGAUGCGGAAGGCGAGGAUGAUUCGGACGUGUGCCCCAAGGACAGGUGA